AUUAUGCUAUGUUAAUGGAAAUCCUGCGAGUUUUUGGAGACUCCCUCAAGAACGGCUUUGUUGAGGCAGGACACCGUGGAGAAAUAGUGGCACGGCUCGUGCUCAUUCUGUGUUGGCGCCAAUGUGUAUGUGUUCGAAAGAAUAAGAAGGCAAAUUAUACCACAACUGUGAAACUGAAAGCGUUUUUGAAAGUGCUGCUGGGAAAUUCUUCUGCUGCGGACAUAGUUGUGCAGAAGAUUGGGAAGGAGCUCCUGGAUGGAAAGCUGUUCUUCACACACUUUAUUCCUCUCCAAGAAACUCCAAGUCAACAAACUCUGAGGAAACUGUGGAAGCGGUGUGCAGCCGGCAUACUGAAACGAAACCAGAGAGGUGUUGAUAUAUUGUUAGUUCUUAAACUUGGCAAGAAUAACUUCACAUUUGUUAUGAUCCAAGUGAAGAAUCGAAAUGUGCAGCUUGCAGAUAGCAAAUAUAAAGAUGAUUCGACGUGGAAGCUUACGACUCGCUAUGUUUUUCAAGAAACAGACCUUCAUGACUGCAAGCUUCCUUAUCUCU